AUCAUUAACAGUUGAUCAACAGGUUUGCGUACACAUCCCGAGACCAGAGCUCCUUGUAUCAGUGAGAAGAGUGCAUCUGCCAGUCCAUACAGUCAGACGCAUAUUGCUGCACUAAUUGAAUUGCGGCAAUACCACAAAUUCAGUUAUAAAAGUAAUUUCACGCGGAAAUAGAAACUAAAAUACAAUAUAGUCGCGUGCGAGUUCAAAUUUGUUAUAGGCGACCACAAAAACGAAUUUAGCGAUUAGUGUCCUACAUUGAAAAUACAACCAAUUAUCUACAGACAGGAUUAUGGCGCAGUCUCUGACCUCCGGUGGUGGAACAAGCAGCAUUGGCCUCGUGCUUCUGUUUCUCCUGUGCAGCACGGGCAGUAGCCAAGGCGCAGCCUUGACCAACAAUAACAAUGACAUGGCAGCCACAGGUCUCUCCGACCAGGUGGUGGAACAGCUUAACGACAAUGACCUGUUUGGAAACAAUAACAAUAAACGCGCCUGGCAAUCGUUGCAGAGCUCCUGGGGCAAAAGAUCUAAUGACCCAGCUGCCUUAGAAGUGGAUGACUCUAUCUAUAUGACGGGACACUUUGUGCCGCUGGUAAUCACCGACGGCACCAACACCAUCGACUGGAACACCUUUGAGCGUAUGGCGAGCAGCAGCAAUCUGGAACAGCACCAGCAACCAUCUCAGUUGCAAUCGCAGUCCAACGAAGACUCUGAUGACAAUGCUGACAAUACACUCGAGAAGCGGGCCUGGAAGAACAUGAAUGUCGCUUGGGGCAAGCGGCGUCAGGCCCAAGGGUGGAACAAGUUUAGGGGCGCCUGGGGUAAGCGUGAGCCGACCUGGAACAACCUGAAGGGCAUGUGGGGCAAGCGCGAUCAAUGGCAGAAGCUGCAUGCGGGUUGGGGCAAACGCUCGCUGGCAAACUAAAUGCGACACAAAUAUCCCCCACAUAGAGACGUUCUAGGCAAUUAACCAAUGGAUUUACACAUACUAUCAUACGAUUUAACUAGUAAACUAACUGUGUAUAACAAUAUAAAUAUGUAUAACUAAUGCGUGCAUUUUAGGUAACUUGUUUUCAAUAGAGAUUCUCAUUGCUCGACAGUGUUCUAGUGGGAAUGAUGAUCUUUGAGGUAAAUUCCGAAAAUGUAUGAAAGCGCUCGCCAGAAAAAACUUUAAGAAAAAUUAAAGAUAUGUAGAAAAAAUUAAACUAUGCAUUUGUACUUGCAUUAUUAUAUAUGUGUAUUUGAGCCAGUAUUAUAAUCAGUGCGCAUUGAAUAUAUGCAACAUAUACUAUACUAAUAGAAACACAGAUCUUAGCACUAGUUUCCAAGUAUACAAUUUCCGUACAAUACACAAACGCAUUAAGUAUAGAGAAACUUUACUUAGUUAAUCGUCGCAUAUUUUUUAAAUACGUAUACAUAUACCUAACUUACUAAAUGGCAAUUAAUAUAUAAAUGCAAUUAUCAAAAUAAAUUCAACGAAAAACCCUUCGAUUUACUAAUUCGGAAUUUAUACACA